CAAAAAGCUCUCCACAUGUCCCUUUGCUUUCCUCCCACUUCUGCUGCACUUGUGUCGGAGAUUGUCCGAAGCUGGUAAUCAUCGAUUCCACAUCUCUCUCUGCAUCUCAGGCCAUGCGCGAUCCGCCAUUAUCAGAGCUGUUUCCCCUUUCCUCGGCACGGAAUCAUUGAGAAUCGUGGAGAUCGCGGUCGCUUACAAGUUCAGCCCCGGGGACGCGAGCGGAAAUGGUGGCGGAGCCUUGGCUGUUGAGGAUGGGAAAUCAGGUCGGUAGCAAUGUCAAGCAGGCUUUGCUUCUGGAGAAUUCGAAGAAAUCGUCCGAGAAGAGUGACGGGAAGCCAUUGUUAGGUAUACUCUCUUUUGAAGUUGCUAAUGUGAUGUCUAUGAUCAUUCACUUGCACAGAUCAUUGAGUGACCAUGAGAUUGUUAGGCUGAAGAGUGAGAUCUUGAAUUCCAUAGGGAUAAGAACCCUGGUAUCUGAUGAUGAAGUUAAGAUUAUGGAGUUAGCCUUAGUUGAGAAAAUGGAUGAUUUGAAUAGGGUUGCUGGUAUGGUGUCUAGGUUAGGGAGGAAAUGCACAAUCCCGGCGUUGCAAGGGUUUGUGCAUGUCUAUGGGGAUAUAACUGCUGGGGCUAUUGAUGUGAAGGAGUUGGAAUUUUUGGUUAAGGAUAUGGAAGGGAUGAUAAGGAAGAUGGAGAGAUAUGUGAGCUGUACUUCUAGAUUGUACACUGAGAUGGAGGCAAUGAAUGAACUGGAAGCCACUACGGCCAAGUUCAAACAGAAUCAUCAUGAGGAGGCUUGGAAAGCUUGUGAGCAGAAGUUGGCUUUGCAGAAGCAGGAUGUGAGGCAUUUGAAGGAUGUUUCUCUUUGGAAUCAGACUUACGAUAAGGUCGUGGAAUUGUUAGCUAGGACUGUGUGUACGGUCUAUGCGCGAAUCAGUACUGUUUCCCAAGAAAUAAUCGUGAGGAGGGCUUCCAGUCAGAUUGGCGGCGUGGAAUGCACCACUGUUGAUUUGGUAAGACCAGCUUUGAGGAAGAGAAAUGGAUUCAGUCCCUCAGGAGGACCUAGUAGUAGUGAAAGAAGUGUAGGGAGGAGCCACGGUGGCGGGCUAUUUAGUCCAAAAGACUUCAACUUUGCAUGUGGAAUCGGACUCAUGGAGUGUUUAACUUUGAGUUCCUCUCCGAAGCAUGAAGAAAUCGAUGAUACCAGUCUGGUUUCUGGAUUCAGUAGUUUUCCGAGCAAACUGCUAAGUAGUGUUACCUCUAAGGUUGUUGGCAACAGUGCAAGAUUUGGACCCAAAAGCAGACUAAAGUUCUUUGCUCUUCCUUCAACCGUCGGUGGUUCUGCUCUGGCAUUGCACUAUGCAAACAUCAUUAUUGUUCUGCAGAAGCUUCUUCAAUACCCACAUUUAAUCGGCGACGAAGCCAGGGAUGAUUUAUACCAGAUGUUACCGGAGAGUCUGAGAAAGAAGUUGAAGACUAAACUGAAACCAUAUAUGAAGAAUUUGGAGAUAUAUGAUGCGCCCGUUGCGUACAGAUGGAGGCAGAGGCUAGAGGAAAUCCUGAACUGGCUUUCCCCACUGGCGCAUAACAUGAUCAGCUGGCAAACUGAGCGCAACUAUGAACAGCAUCAUGUUAUCGAUAGGACGAAUGUUCUAUUGCUCCAAACAUUGUAUUUUGCUGAUCUUGACAAGACUGAGGAAGUUGUCUGCGAACUGCUUGUUGGACUGAAUUACAUAUGUCGUUAUGAACAGCAGCAGAAUGCUUUCUUGGACUGUACGAGUAGCUUAGACUUUGAAGAGUAUAGGGAGUGUCAAUUGCAUCUUGGACCUUCUUUUCAAGAUGGAUGAAGUUUUAUGCACAGCCACCACGUUAACUUCUUGUAAGUCUAGGUAGAUAACUAUGGAUGAUGGUUACAAAUUUACAAUGCCUUUUAGUAGUGUGCUAAAUUGGCUUGACCCAAAGUGCAGUUAUGUAUUUUUUUCUUUUCUUUCUUCAUGCUUCAUGCAUGAAUUUAGAGUGUGGGCUAAUUUUAGACUUUGUAAUUUGUAAGUGAGUGUAAACUUCAUGU